AUGGAAGAGAAAGAAGAUGUAGAGUUUUGUGUCGAAGUGGGUACCCGAGUGUUGGUUCGUGGUAAAUAUGCAGGGGUAAUUCGUUACGUGCCUGAACGUCGUACUGCUUUAGUUGGAGUAGAACUUACCCGAGCACGAGGAGACAACAAUGGUGUUACAGAAACUGGCCAACGUCUUUUUGAUUGCAAACCAUUGCAUGGCAUCUUCGUUCGUGAAGAGCAACUUAGUGCUUUUUCUGAAAAAGAUCAAGCAGCUUGUGUGUUGCAAAGUGUCUGGCGACGGUACAGUGCUUCACAGAAGUUUCGUCAUCUUGUGUUGUCACAUGCGUGGAAUUUACUAGACAAUACUCAAGAGCAACUGAACUUGAAACGUUCCGAGCAAUUCAAGUCAGCGCAACACACUCUUGCUCAACUGACCAAAACACAGUCAAUAUCACGUACAGUCUCAGAUACGGACAUAUCUGAGAUUCAGAUUGAACUUGAGUACACAGGACCUCAUUUAGUCUGGCCAUUGGAAUUAUCAAAUGUAUUGAAUCUAUUGGAUUCAUUUAAAACGACACACAUUUUACAUUACAAAUAUGUAUUGGAAAUACUCCAAGAAGGUGUAAAAUCUUUUACACCAUUACCAACGUUACAAGAAAUAUCACUUGUAAAAGGUGAAACACUCACGAUAGUUGGUGAUCUUCAUGGUCAAUUACAAGAUCUUUUUACGAUUUUUUCCAUGAAUGGGGUACCUACCUGUACAAACAAAUAUCUAUUUAAUGGAGAUUUUGUCGAUCGUGGUAUAUACGGUACAGAAGUUGUUGUGACAAUUUUACUCUUUCGUCUACUGUACCCGACUAGUGUAUUUCUUAAUCGUGGUAAUCAUGAAUCCCGUAAUCAAAACACAUGGAUGGGGUUUGAGGAAGAAAUAUGGAUGAAAUACUCUCCUAAUAAUAAUGAUGACGACAACAAGAACAACAACAACUUUGAACGUCCUGUGGUUCUAUUUGAGUCUUUUCAAGCACUUUUUGAGUCACUUCCACUAUGUGCUAUUGUCCAAGAAAAAAUCUUUGUUGUACAUGGUGGAUUAUUUUCACACGAUAAUGUCACAUUAGCUCAUUUACGUGGUAUAUCACGUAAACGUGAACCUCCACUUCAUUGUGUGAAUUUAGAGGAUAAAAUCUUUGAAGAUCUGUUAUGGAGUGAUCCACGUCCGAUUGGAUCACGUCAACCGUCUGAACGUGGGGCUGGAAUUGAAUUUGGAAUUCAAGUGACAAAUAAUUUUUGUUUAGUCAACAAAAUUGCAUUGAUUAUUCGUUCCCACGAGUGCGUAAUCGAAGGUUAUGAGAUUCUUCAUGGUGGUCGAUUGAUCACGUUAUUCUCAGCAUCAAGAUAUUGUGGGACGCAAAUGAAUAAAGGUGCUUUUUUGACCUUAGGACCGGACUUGCAACCAGAAAUUCAACAGUUUUAUGCUCAUACGAUCAAUAAAACGACUUUGAAAGCACCAAAACAGGCACAGAUGCAAGAUGUAUUAGAAGAAGAUACACUACGAAUGAUUGCGGAGCGCAUUUGUGAUCAUAAAGUAUCAUUGUAUUGGUAUUUUACACAACAUGAUGAGGAACAUCAUGGAACGAUUCCUCGAUUAAUUUGGGCUGAAGCUCUUCGGUCUGUUUUGCAAUUGGAUUUACCAUUUUUAACCUAUCAAUCGAAACUUGCAGAACUAGUCGAUGAAACAUCAGGACGGAUUAAUUAUUCUCAGUUUCUCGCUCGUUAUCGUAUUGAAAAUAAUGCCAUGGACAAUAGCGGAUGGCAAGAAAGUAUUAUUGCACUUAUUUGCAAGAAAUUGUAUCGUGCAAUGGGCGCUGGCGAUGUACAACAAGCUUUUAAGGUAUUUGAUACCGAUUCAAACGGUUUUAUUGAGUACGAAGAAUUUGUUACGACACUUAAGCAAAUGGAUACGGGAUUAGCUGAUCAACAGGUAUUUGAGCUCAUGCGUACCGCUGAUACGAACGACGAUGGACGUAUUGACUUUCAUGAGUUUGCUCAACGAUUUGAGGUUAUUUUCACUGAUCAAGGUAAAAGUCGUGAUGAAGGUAAUGUGUCUAUCUCGGUGGUGGAGCCACGUCCGACCUCCAAGACUGUAGAUAUGGAAAUUGUGACCGAAAGCGAGAGGACCGUGACAGAGCCUCUCUUGGCGUGCAAGGUAUCAUUGGGAGAUGAAAAGUCAACGCUGACGCCAGAGCCUGCAAGAAAUCUUGACGUCGAGACCAUGCAGGCGCUAUUGCAGGUUGGCAAGGCGCUGUUCUCCCGUCCGGGGUCGCUGCAGUAUCAUUUUUACCACUUUGACAAAAACCAGGAUGGUGUUCUGUCCCGUAGUGAGUUUGAAGAUGCCCUUGAACAUUUAGGUUUUAACUUUGAACCGAGUCUGAUGGAUCGGUUGACGGCUGCCGUGGACAGAGAUGGGGGUAACUCGAUUGAUUACAAGGAGUUUGUGACGGCGUUCAGUGUGCAGGACCUGAAGGAGCAAGCAGCACUUGAGUCUGGCGAACUUACGUGGCAGAACUCGGUGUUGCAACAAGUCUCCAACGUGUUUUAUCAGCACCGUAUCCACAUCCGUAAUGCCUUUCGCAUGUUUGAUGCAUCGAAUAGUGGAGUCAUCAGUCGCGACAAUUUUCGUACAGGUAUUCAGGCUUUUAACGUGGUACUCAACUCUCCGCUCUCGGACGACCAGAUUGAGGAGCUGCUGUCCUAUCUUGACAGCAACAACGACGGCGUGAUUAGUUACAAGGAGUUCUUUGAUGGCUUUCGUGUGGUGAACGUACGCGUUGCUGAGGACAAGUCUGUCGGGAACAGGUUGACGGAGGAAUGUACAACGGAAGGUUGA